GUUUGCAUAUAUGACAUCGUCCGCUCUUUUUGAGUGCUCGAUGUGCAACGGCUUCUAUCCGACGCGACCGUAAUUCAAUCCAGCCACUCGUUCUGCUCAUCUCCCUUCAAAAUGCAUUCUGCUCUUCUAUUGGCCAUCGCGGCCCUUCCAUUCCUUGGCGCUGAUGCAACCAUUGCAACUAAAUACACUACCGUCGUUCGCUGCGGUGCGCAGACCAGAAACACACCCACCUGCAAGAACUCGAUCUUUGGAAACUGCUGCUCCAAGAGCGGAGUCUGCGGUUCAACCUCGGUGCAUUGCGGAAAGGGUUGCCAAGUUGGUUUCGGCGACUGCACCUCGGCUGUUUCAACAUCCGUAAAACCAACCUCAACAUCAGCAAAGCCUUCGACAGCGAGCAAAACAUCAACAUCGUCAACGAGAGUGAUUACCGUUCCUGUCACAUCACCUUCAGCGCCUUCCAGCCCAUCUCCAGCAUCUACCUCGCCGUCUUCUUCCGCUGCUGUAGCACCAUCUUCGUCCGUACCGAUCUCGUCCUCCACGCCAUCUUCUUUACCUGAUGUGGUAUUGACUUCAUCAAUAUUGGCCUCGCCAACCUCACCGUCUUCCUCAGCUCCUGUAGUAUUGCCCUCUUCCAGUCCGGAUGUGAAGGUUUCUCCUGAUGGAAGUUGCGGCGGAACUGGAGGGUUCACUUGCUCGGGAUCUCGUUGGGGCGACUGUUGCAGUGAAUAUGGAUGGUGCGGAAGUACUGAAAUCUACUGCGAUGCUGGCUGCAAUGCUGCUUUCGGGACCUGCGGUGGCGUGAGCACGUCCGAACCCCCACCAUCCACCUCUACUUCAGCAUCGCCUUCAUCAAGCCUGGCCUCCUCAUCGUUCACUACCUUGACCACAACUACUUCAGAUAGCCCAUUGCCUACACAGGUGGUUUCCACCAACGGGCAAUGCGGAGCAAGCAACGGCGGAAUGACUUGCUUAGGAUCGACAUUUGGCGACUGUUGCUCACAAUACGCCUACUGUGGAAGUACUAGCGGCUUUUGUGAAGUGGGCUGCCAGAGCGGAUUCGGAAAGUGCGACGCGCCUCCAGCACCGGGGAAUACCUGUGGUGUGGAGGGCUUUGCCAACAAAACCGAGUACUAUGCCUCUUCGUUCAACCUUGUCCCUGCCACGGACAUCUCGACAUGUGCUGCUCUGUGUCUGGCUGAGGCUGCGUGCAUGAGCUAUCUUUUCAACCCGGGCCUUCAGAACUGCGCCUACCUCCAGUACUCGCUGUCGCAAGGCGAAUUCAUCGCAGAGAGUGGCACAAACCAGUUCUUCUGGGAUCGAGAAUGCGCUCAAACCGCUACAGCAUAGGCGUUCCUUCCAAUUAUGACACGUAAACCCGAGUUUUGUGUGCUGAAUCUCAGUUUUGGGGUAAUUCCCAUCUGAGCUCGGCUUCGCGAUGGCGGUGCCGUCCCCGCGCUUCUCUCGUACUUUUGAUCGGCUAUUU